UCCUCAAAUCAAGAAACAGCAUCUAUCAUGAGGGCAUUCAUGAUCCUGGCCCUCGUCGCGACGGCGAUGGCGCGGCCGGAAGCCGGAUACUCCUAUAGCCAGCCAAGCAGUAGCUACGGCGCUCCUUCCGGUGGAUAUUCGCUUGCUGGUGGUGUUGGUGGUAUUGGUGGCAUCGGUUUCGGCGGCGGCGUAGGCGUAGGCGGUGGUUUUGGUGGUGUAUCGCCGGCAGGUAUCGCCGCCGGUGUUGGUCCUGAUGGUAUCUCUGUGCCGCAGAAAAUAUCCUCAUCCGGAACUGCUGGCAUUGUCUCCAGUGUCGGCGCUGCAGGAGGUGUCUCGGGUGAUGCGGCAGCGGCACUUAGAUUCGCCUCUGCUAGACAGAUUGUUAGAGAUGUCUAUGUUUACGGACCAUCUAAAGAUCUUGAGGCUCCCGGAGUUGCCGGAGUCGCGCCUCAAUAUCAAACACGUCCACCACAGAAGCACUAUAAGAUUGUCUUCAUCAAGGCACCUACCCCACCAACCCCGACCGCUCCGGUGAUCCCAGUGCAGCAACAGGAUGAGCAGAAAACACUCAUUUAUGUUUUGGUCAAGAAACCCGAGGAGGCGCCCGAGAUCAAUCUGCCUAGCAUAACGCCCACUCAGCCCAGCAAACCGGAAGUCUAUUUUAUCAAAUACAAGACUCAGAAGGAAGUCACUGGUGGCACCGGACCAAGUAGACCCAGCACGAGUUACGGGGUACCCGGUGAAUCCGGGCCAUACUAGUCAAUUCACCGCUACCCCUGUA